AUUCCAUCUGCAGCCUUCUCAGCUUCUCGGGACUCUUCUUAUCAGGAUGCCUCUUGCUUCACACAAUGAAGACCGAAAGGAUGUUAGGCCUCAAGGAAAGAGCCUAUUCUGCUACUAGUGAGCUCAGAUUAUGGGUCUAGCCCUGACAUUUCUGAACUUGGGAAACAGACCAUGGCAAAGAAGAAAGUUGCAAUUAUAGGAGGUGGCUCCAGUGGACUUUGUAACAUCAAAUGCUGUUUGGAUGAGGGUCUCGAUCCUACAUGCUUUGAGAGCAGUGAAGACAUUGGGGGGCUCUGGAGGUUCAAGGAGAAUCCUGAGGAGGACCGGGCCAGCAUUUAUAGAUCUGUAAUCAUCAACACUUCCAAGGAGAUGAUGUGCUUCAGUGACUUCCCCAUCCCCGAUGACUUCCCCAACUACAUGCACAACUCCAAGAUUAUGUACUAUUUCCGGAUGUAUGCCAAGCACUUUGAUCUUUUGAAAUACAUCCGCUUCAGGACUAAAGUGUGCUGUGUAACAAGGCGCCCAGAUUUCUCUAGAACUGGUCAGUGGGAUGUUGUCACAGAGACUAAUGGGAAAGAGGAAUCUUCAGUCUUUGAUGCAGUCUUGGUUUGCACAGGCCACCAUACCAAUGCACAUGUGCCACUGAACUCUUUCCCAGGAAUUGAGAAGUUCAAGGGCCGCUACUUUCACAGCCGGGAUUACAAGAGUCCAGAUGAGUUUACAGGAAAAAGAGUAAUUGUGAUUGGCAUUGGGAACUCAGGAGGAGACCUUGCUGUGGAGAUAAGUCACACAGCAGAACAGGUCUACCUGAGCACUCGCAGAGGAGCAUGGGUCCUUAAUCGUGUUGGCGAAGAAGGCUAUCCUGGAGAUGUGGUACUUUCGACUCGGUAUAACACAUUGUGGAGGCAAUGCUUUACUACUUCCAUGGUAAACCAAUGGAUGGAGAACAGUUUAAAUGCAAGAUUCAACCAUUCUCAUUAUGGUUUGAAACCUAAACACAGGGUUUUUAGCCAACAUCCAACCAUCAAUGAUGACCUCCCAAACUGCAUCAUUUCAGGGAAAGUGCUAGUGAAACCAAACAUCAGUGAAUUUACUGAAACAGCUGCUGUCUUUGAAGAUGGCUCUAAGGAAGAGAAUAUCGAUUUUGUUGUCUUUGCCACAGGAUACAGUUUCUCUUUUCCUUUCCUUGGGAACUGUGUGAGAGUCAUUGAUAACCAAAUCCCCCUAUAUAAAUUUGUCUUCCCUCCUCAUCUGGAGCAGCCGACUCUGGCUAUCAUUGGUCUUGUCCAGCCAUUGGGCGCCAUCAUGCCCAUUGCAGAACUGCAGGCUCGCUGGGCUACUCGUGUAUUUAAGGGACUUGUUAAGUUACCAUCAACAAAUGAGAUGAUGUCCAGUAUUACCAUGACCCAAACAUCCAUGGCGCAACGGUAUGUGAAAAGCCAACGCCAUACCAUCCAAGUGGACUAUAUUGAGUACAUGGAUGAAGUGGCCUGUCUGUUAGAUGUAAAGCCCACCAUAUGGCCCCUGUUUCUUACAGAUCCCAAGCUGGCCUGGGAAAUUUACUUUGGGCCAUGCACACCAUAUCAGUAUCGCCUGCAAGGACCAGGGAAAUGGGAUGGAGCCAGAAAAGCUAUCCUGACACAGUAUGACCGGAUCCUAAAACCCAUGAGAACCAGGCCUGUUGACAACUCAGGCAUCAGAUCCUUGGUACCCUUGUGGGUUAAGUUGGUUGGCCUUGUUGCUCUAUUUGCUGUAAUUUUUGCUUAUUUUUAAAUGCUAAAGAACAACAUUGUUAAAUAUCAAGAGCAAUUAGAUAAACCUGAUCAUCUAGUUCCUUCUGUUUUUAUAUUUUAAUCUAAUGAAUUUCAUCAUCCUGUUUAAAUCCACGCUUAGAUUGUUGUGAAGAAGGCCUUUGCACACAAAUUUUUAAUGUGGACCUGUUUUGCUUUAUAGGAUGGUCACUACUCUUGGUUCCUCUACCUUCCUUGGUGUGCCCAAUAUUCAGCCACUGCUUCCCUCCAUUCGGCCACUUGUGGAACAUUUUGGCUACAAAUCAUUUUCAAUAUAUUAACUAUUCAUGGUCAGUUAUGCCAUUGUUCUUCAACCUUGGGUCCCCUAUCUUGUUGGACUACAACUCCCAUCAUCCCCAGACAACAUGACCAAUGAUAAUGGGAUAAUGAGAUGUUGUAGUCAUCAACAUCUGGGGACCCAAGGUUGAAGAACAGUAAGCUAUAUCAUCUGUCUGUUUACAACCACUCUAUUUCAAAACAAAGUUCAAUUUCCAGUGAAGUUCCAAGUUCCAUAUUUGCUCUAGGUUGCCCUUUAACAGAUAUUUUUGUCUUUAUGCCCUAAAAUACAAGUUCAAAGGAAACCAUUCUCAGGGCAUCAGAGAUGCUGUUGUAGUGCAUUUCCUGCAUCAGAAGGAUGUUGAAGAUUAUCUUUGAGGUCUCUUCCUUUUUCCAACUGUAUAAUUGUAUAUCACUGGAAAAGAUGCACAGGGUUUAAAUAAAUAUUGUUUAUUGCACA